CUCUUGGACCUUUUAUCACUCAAGCAAAUCAAGCAGGGACAGAAUCACUGACACUGGAUGAACGACUCUUUUACGUAGAUCUUCUUAAAGCACAAGCUAUCGAAAUUGAUUCACAAACACAAAUGCUUUAUCUAAUGUCUCGAACUUAUGUAGAUAUGUCUACGAAUUAUGUGAUGACUCGUCUGGCUGGUCUCUCAAAAAUGCUUGCCGCGCGUGACGAUAAUGAACGAAAUCAAUUUCUAGCACAGUUGAAACAAGAGACACAAAGGACACAAGCAGCCGUCACGGGUUUAGUUACCGAACUCGAAAACUUUCUAGCAAAACUUGGUGGACCCAAUGCUGAUGAUCAGGCAGCAAUAGAAGCUGGCCAAAAAUUACUUGAAAACAAAUUAUAA